AAUUAAUACAGGUGUGAAAAAUGGGACAGCACGUAUCGCGAACGGACUUCGAAUGGGUCUAUACAGAAGAACCGCACGCUAGUAGAAGAAAAGUUAUUUUAGGUUAGUCAUUUGGUUUUUAUAAAAUCAAUUGGUUUCAAUAAAAGUUAAAUUGGAUUCAACUGGUGGAUUGCAAAAUUUAUUCGCCAGCCAACGAGCCAAAAUUAGCAUUCGAGUUUUUCCUAGCACGCUUUUGGCUAUGUGUAUCGAAUUUUGAGUCUAAAAACUAUCAGAAUUGUAGUAGGCCUUAGAUUAUUUUUGUCGUUUAAAAAUCUUAUCAUUUUCUUUGCUAAAAUUUUUAAUAAUUAUAACAAAAAAGUACAUUAUAAACUUUAGAAUCUGCUAUCUUGGUUCUCUUAAUCUAUAAGUAGGUACUAAAUUUACAUCAUCAUAUAAAGUGUACACAUAUGACUCAAUGUUAAGCUUCCAGAAUUUUUAUUGCGAUUUUUAUCAGGAGAAACAUGUUGCAUGUUUUGCAUUCACUUAAAUAUUAUUUUUAUUAUAAUAAUAGGUUAUUCAAACAUUACAACAAUGAUACACAAUCUCUUGGACAUAGGCAUAACCAUUUAGUGCUUGAAAGUUGCAAUGUUGCACAUUUCUUAUCAUUGAAAUAUAGCUAAAGAAAUAUGUGUCCAAUUGGACUAACAGCUGCUUUAAAACUUUUGUUUGUUUAAUAUGCCAUACAUGUGUAUUUAUUUUCCUUUUUUAUUAUCUACACUAAAGCAUUUUAGAAAAAUAUCCACAGAUAAAGAAACUAUUUGGAUAUGAUCCUAAUUUUAAAUGGGUGGUUACUGCUAUGGUGCUGACACAAUUUAUAAUGAUGUUCAUAUUAAGGAACAAGUCAUGGCCAGUGAUUUUGCUAGUUGCUUAUUGUUUUGGAGGAGUUAUCAACCACUCAUUGAUGUUAGCUAUUCACGAGAUAUCCCACAGCUUAGCCUUUGGACAUGCUAGACCAAUGCACAAUAAACUGUUUGGAUUCUUUGCCAAUCUACCAAUAGCAAUACCAAUAUCCAUCAGCUUCAAAAAAUAUCAUCUAGAACAUCAUAGAUAUCAAGGGGACGAACUGAAAGAUACUGACAUACCAACUUAUAUGGAAGCCAAACUGUUUUGUACAACUUUUGGGAAGUUCAUUUGGAUACUAUUGCAGCCAUUUUUCUAUGCACUGAGGCCUUUAGUUGUAUAUCCUAAACCACCUAAUUUGUUAGAGUUUGUCAAUCUUGUGAUACAGCUGACUUUUGAUGCCCUAGUAGUACACUUUUUUGGUUGGAAAAUACUGGGGUAUCUUUUUUAUGGUUCUAUCAUGGCAAUGGGACUACAUCCGGUAGCUGGACAUUUUGUCAGUGAGCAUUAUAUGUUCAAAAAGGGAUAUGAGACAUACAGUUACUAUGGCCCUUUGAACUGGAUUACAUUCAAUGUUGGUUAUCAUAAUGAACAUCAUGAUUUCCCAGCUGUACCUGGGUCAAGGUUACCAGAGGUAAAGAAAAUCGCCCCAGAGUUCUAUGAUAAUCUUCCUCAGCACCACAGUUGGACAUCAGUGUUAUACGAUUUUGUGAUGGAUCCUGACGUCGGACCCUAUGCUAGAAUUAAGCGCAAAGCUAGGGGACUGGCAUCCUAAUAUUUUAUUUAUAUUAAUAUUUAUUUUUUGGCUGUUCUACGCUUAUGUGUUUAUUGUAUGUAGUAUGCCAGUAUUGUACAAAUGUGAUUUUGUAAUUUAAAGCUCAAUAUACUAUUGAAUAAAUUAUAUUUAAGUUUCA